AUGACAAGAAGGUUACGAUUCCUGCCCUUGUGGCCUCUGGCCCUCUUUAGCGUGCUCACUACAGUGAAUAUGUUGGAAUUCGGUGGGGCACCUGGCCAGUGGGCACGUUAUGGGCGCUGGGAAGCUGGAUCAGUGGGUGAGCUGAGCUUCAGUCUCAAGACCAAUAUCAGCAAAGCCUUGGUACUCUACCUGGAUGAUGGCGGCAACUGUGACUUUUUGGAGCUGUUGAUUGCUGGUGGGCGCCUCCAGUUGCGCUUUGCCAUCCACUGUGCUGAGCCAGCCACCUUGCACAUGGAGACACGGGUGAAUGAUGACCGCUGGCACAUGGUCUUGCUUACCCGCAACUUCCGUGAGACCAUGCUAAUGGUAGAUGGGGAAACAAAAGUGGCUGAGGUCAAGUCAAAGAGGAAGGAAAUGGCAGUGGUCAGUGACCUGUUUGUAGGUGGCAUCCCACCGGACGUGCGGCUGUCUGCACUGACGUCCAGCACAGUGAAGUAUGAGCCACCCUUCCAGGGCUUGAUCUCCAAUCUGAAGGUGGGAGAGAUGCCUCCUACUUUGCUCAAUAGCCAGGGUAUUCAGAGCGACCUGGAGUACCUCUGCACCAAACAGAACCCAUGCUUCAAUGGAGGGUUUUGUUCUAUUCAGUAUGGAGAAGUUCACUGUGACUGCACCCACACACGCUUCAAGGGAAAGUACUGCAAGGAAGCUGAAGAAUAUGCUGUUGAAGGUCUGGCGCACCUGACGUUAAACGACCAAGGUGACUCAUCUCAAGUUGGCAAGGAAGAAUCAGUAGCCACCUUCAAGGGCAACGAGUUCUUCUGCUACGACCUGUCUAUGACACCCAUCCAGAGCAGCACCGACGAGAUCACACUUUCCUUCCGAACGCUGCAACGCAACGGGCUCAUGCUGCACACCGGCAAGUCGGCUGACUACGUGAAUCUUUCCUUGAAGAGCGGCGCUGUUUGGCUGGUCAUCAACCUGGGCUCAGGGGCCUUCGAGGCUCUGGUGGAGCCUGUCAACGGCAAGUUCAAUGACAACGCCUGGCAUGACGUGCGCGUCACCCGCAACCUGCGCCAGCACGCAGGCAUUGGACACGCUAUGGUGACCAUCUCAGUUGAUGGUAUUUUGACCACCACUGGUUACACCCAGGAAGAUUACACCAUGCUGGGCUCCGAUGACUUCUUCUACAUUGGAGGGAGUCCAAACACUGCAGACCUGCCUGGAUCACCAGUCAGCAACAACUUCAUGGGCUGCCUAAAAGAUGUGGUGUACAAAAACAAUGACUUUAAGCUGGAGCUGUCACGGCUGGCCAUCGAGCGUGACCCUAAAAUCACCCUGAAUGGGGAUCUGGUGUUUCGCUGCGAGGAUGUAGCUGCCCUGGAUCCUGUAACAUUUGAGACCCCCGAGUCCUACAUCUCUCUGCCAAAGUGGAACACCAAGAAGACAGGCUCUAUCUCAUUUGACUUCCGCACCACAGAGCCCAGCGGCCUUCUGUUAUUCAGCCACGGACGGCCUCAGGGGCCUAAAGAGCAGAAGCCCGGUAGGGAGCUGAAGACUGAUUACUUUGCCAUGGAACUUCUGGAUGGGUAUUUGUACCUGCUGAUUGAUAUGGGCUCUGGAAAAACAAAGCUCAAGGCCAGCAACAAGAAGGUCAAUGAUGGGGAAUGGUGCCAUGUGGAUUUCCAAAGAGAAGGAAGGAAAGGAUCUAUCUCUGUCAACAGCCGCAGCAUGCCCUUCAGCUCCCCAGAGGGCAGCGAAAUCCUGGACCUGGACAGUGAUAUGUACUUAGGCGGGCUGCCCGAGACUAAGUCAGAUCUCAUCCUGCCACCAGAGGUUUGGACAGCACUCCUUAACUACGGCUACGUAGGCUGCGUCCGUGACCUCUUCAUCGACGGCAAGAGCCGGGAUGUCCGUCGGCUGGCUGAGAUCCAGAGUGCCCUGGGUGUCAGCAGUUUCUGCACCCGUGAGCUGCAGAAACGGUGCAGCAGUGCCCCCUGUGGCAAUGGAGGGCUGUGCAAAGAGGGCUGGAACCGCUACAUUUGUGAUUGCACUGGCACUGGAUACCUGGGUACCAACUGUGAGAUAGAGGCAACAGUGCUGAGUUAUGACGGCAGCAUGUACCUGAAGAUCAUCAUGCCGGUCACCAUGCACACGGAGGCCGAAGACGUGGCGCUGCGCUUCAUGUCUCAGCGAGCGUACGGCCUGCUCAUGGCCACCACCUCCAAAGAGUCAGCGGACACCCUGCGACUGGAGCUGGACGGAGGCCGUGUCAAGCUCACCGUCAACCUCGAUUGUAUCAGGAUAGACUGUAGCCUCAGCAAAGGACCUGAGACACUGUUCGCGGGGCAGAAGCUGAACGAUAACGAGUGGCACACGGUGAAGGUGGUGCGAAGAGGCAAGAGCCUACAGCUGUCUGUGGAUAAUGUCACAGUGGAAGGCCAGAUGACUGGUGCCCACACACGUCUUGAGUUCCACAACAUUGAGACGGGCAUCAUGACUGAGCGCCGCUUCAUAUCCGUGGUGCCCUCAAACUUCAUUGGCCAUCUCCAGGGCCUGACCUUCAAUAGCGUGCCAUAUCUAGACCAGUGUAAAAACGGGGACAUCUCUUUCUGCGAGCUGAAUGCCCGCUUUGGCAUGCGCCACAUCAUUGCAGAUCCGGUGACAUUUCGAACAAAAGGCAGCUACUUAGCAUUAGCAACAUUACAAGCUUACGCCUCCAUGCACCUAUUCUUUCAGUUUAAAACCACCACGCCUGACGGCCUGAUGCUCUUCAACUCUGGAGACGGGAGCGACUUUAUAGUUGUGGAACUGGUAAAGGGGUACAUCCAUUAUGUCUUUGAUCUCGGCAACGGCCCGUCACUGAUGAAGGGCAACUCGGAUAAACCGCUCAAUGACAACCAGUGGCACAAUGUGGUGGUGUCCCGGGAUGCCAACAAUGUACACACGCUCAAGAUUGACUCACGCACCGUUACUCAGCACUCCAAUGGAGCCCGCAACCUGGACCUCAAAGGGGAGCUGUACAUCGGUGGCGUGACAAAGAACAUGUACAGCAGUCUGCCCAAACUGAUUGCAUCUCGGGACGGGUACCAGGGCUGUCUGGCCUCUGUGGACCUGAAUGGGAGACUCCCUGACCUGAUCGCAGAUGCCCUCCACAGGGUGGGCCAGGUGGAACGAGGCUGCGAUGGACCCAGUACCACCUGUACGGAGGAGUCCUGCUACCAUCAGGGGGUGUGUCUCCAGCAGUGGGAGGGCUUCACCUGCGAUUGCAGCAUGACGUCCUACGGAGGCUCAUUUUGCAAUGACCCUGGGACAACAUACAUCUUCGGGCGAGGCGGAGCCCUCAUCACAUAUACCUGGCCACCCAAUGACCGGCCGAGCACACGGGCAGACCGGCUGGCAGUGGGCUUCAGCACGCAGCUGAAGGAGGCUGUUCUGGUCAGGGUGGAGAGUGCCAGGGGACUGGGAGAUUACCUGGAGCUGCACAUAGAACGGGGAAAGGUCGGAGUGAUCUUCAACGUGGGAACAGACGACAUAACCAUCGAGGAGAGCGCGGUGAUGGUGAGCGACGGCAAAUACCACGUGGUGCGAUUUACACGCAGUGGUGGCAAUGCCACACUACAGGUGGACAACCAGCCAGUCAUUGAACGUUUCCCCUCAGGGAACUUUGAUAAUGAGCGCCUGGCUAUUGCUAGACAAAGAAUCCCAUACCGACUUGGUCGGGUAGUUGACGAGUGGCUACUCGACAAAGGUCGGCAGCUGACCAUCUUCAACAGCCAAGCGUUCAUCAAAAUCGGUGGUGGAGAGAAGGGGCGCCACUUCCAGGGCCAGAUCUCAGGCCUGUAUUACAAUGGCCUGCAGGUUCUCAAACUAGCAGCCGAGGGCGACCCCAACGUCCAGACCCAGGGCAACCUGAGGCUGGUGGGUGAUGUGCCCUCGGUGCUGACUACUGACACCACCUCCACCACCCCGCUGGCUGAUAUGUCCACCACAAUUAUGGAGACAACCACCACCAUGGCCACAACCACCACCCGCAAACAGCGCUCACCGACCAUGAGGGACAGUGUGACACAGAAUACAGACGACAUCCUGGUAGCAUCAGCUGAAUGUCCUAGCGAUGACGAAGAUUUGGAGGAGUGUGAGCCUGGAAAUGGAGGUGAAUUAGUGUUGCCCAUUAUUACAGUGGACUCCCUAGACCCCCCAUCUAUCGCCACCCGCUACCCAGUAAUCCCCCCGCCCCCCACCACUUACCGCCCUUUCCUCACCCUGCUUGAUACCACCAAAGAAUCCCUCCCCUUGCCAAACGGCCGGCCCCCUUGCCCCUUGGACCAGGAGGACUGCGAGGAGACCAUCGAGGUGUCGGCGUACGGUUCGGGGGAGAUGACCGAGUCCGAUGACGAGGACUAUUACAAAAAUUCCCCCCUGGUCACCGACAGGACUGUCCUCCCUCCUCCCCCGGCCGUUGAGGGCGGCGUCCAAAACCCCCGAGACAGCCAUUUCUCUCGCUUCCCCAACUCCCACCGCCCCCCGCUCUCCUCCCCCCCCACAGCCAACCCCGACCAGCUGAACCCACGAAUCAAGUCAGCCGGUGGUGGCAGCAGUAGUAGUAGCAACAAUAUUCCUGCCGGGAAAAUGAACACCCGGGACCAAGUGCUGCUGCCGCCAGCCCAGCCCUCUUUGGAUCCAGGUCACCGUAGAGUCCCAGGUAUAACCUAUCCCCCAAAUUUCCCUCAUGUUCCCACUCCAGACCCCACAUCUCCUGAGAGAGGACUCCCGGGCGCCGUGGAGGUACAGCAGUCAAGUAGUACCACUGGAAUGGUGGUGGGCAUUGUGGCAGCUGCUGCCCUCUGCAUCCUCAUCUUGCUCUACGCUAUGUAUAAGUACCGCAACCGUGACGAGGGCUCCUAUCAGGUGGACCAGAGCCGCAACUACAUCAGCAACUCAGCCACGCAGAGCAAUGGAGCCCUGGUGAAGGAGAAACAGCCCAGCACUGCCAAGACAGUCACCAAGAACAAGAAGAACAAAGACAAAGAGUACUACGUCUGAGGGAGUGCCGCCGUGACACACAGAGGCCGACACCAGAAGCACUUAGAAAAGGAAAGAGACGGCAGGGAGAAAGAGAGAGAAGGAGGGAGAGAAGGGAGUAUAUGGAAAACCGCAAUCACAUCACAGUGGCUAACUCAUUUAAAACUUCAAGUAUUGUCAGGUGCUCAUAUGUGUUACCAGUUCAACUCUAAUCAGAGGGAGGCAGCAAAAUAAGACGGCACAGUGACACCGUGGUUCACGUCACACCUUUCUGCAUUGCUUAGAUUGAUUAGACUAAACUUAAAUUUGAUUAAAUGUUUAACCACAGUGUGGGCUCAAGGAAAGGCUAUUACAUCUUAACGCAUACCGUGCCAACAACCGUAUAGCAAAUGCUGAUAAAACAGUGAUUUAUGGGUUAGCAUUUGACAGGUUACUUAAUAUCUUGAGUACUGUAGGAAAGCACCACCAUCAGUAUUUGUGUCAAGGUCUGUGCUUCUUUCUGAGGAGAGCCUGCGUCACCUUAGACAGUAUCAACAUACUUUAUUCCAACAAGGCUCGAAUUAGCAGAUCAGUAUACUGCCAGCUUACAGAAACACUGUGUCAAAUCCAGCUUCUCCACCUCUGUAAGUGUUCGACGUCUCUGAUCUCUCACCUCCCGUCAGAUCUCUCUCUCUCCUUCUCGUUCACCCAAGAGCUCUGUUUCUCUCCUUGUCUACGGUGCCCAGCAGCCGAUGCAACGUAAACUCUGCCGUGUUUCAAGCAUGUAGUAUUCAUUUACGAAAAAGAGAUAAACUGUUUUUCCUUUCUGUGGAGUUUAAAAAACAAAAAAUAUGAUGCUGAUGACUGAUGAUCAUAACAACGUUAAAAGUAGCAACUAUGUGAGAUGCCACUGCUCCAACCUAACGGAUGCUAAAUUGUACGUUUAGCCGCCAAAAACUCGUCAAGGCCAAAAACAAACCCCUUUGGUCGUCCUUUGUUCCAGCAGAUCUGUGUCAUGUGUAUCUGGGGCUCUGAGGUUCCCCCCCCCCCCCUAGUGGGCUAACAGAGAAACUGUCACGUCCUUACAGUUACUAAUCACCGAAAAACAGAAAAAACCUCCAGCAAACAAGAUGAACUCUGUUCUAUAUAAUUAUAAAUAUAUGUAUAGACGUUGCAGAAACAUAUGGACCUAUGUGAGCGAAUCGGAAAGUGAGUUUGCUGAGAAAAGCACAGCAAAGAUAGGAUUCUUGACGUCAGAACAGCUUCA